AUGAGAUUAAUUUGUGGAGCUAAAUCGGACGCUAAAUCUUCAAUAUUCUGUUGCAGUAAUGAAGACUUCUGUAAUCGCAUUAACGUUCCAGAUGAAGAUCUUCUUGUGGAAAGUAAUACUUUGACAUCGAUCGAACCUUCUUUUUCAAACAUUGGUUCUAAUGGACGAAAUACCUUUUCCUACUUUACAAACGAGACAAUAUUUGUUGCCGCUGUCACCUGCUUCGUUUUAUUUUUUUGCAUUUUAAUAUUCCUUGUCUUGAUAUCACUGAAUUUAAAACGUUCUGACAGACGUCCCUGUCGUUGCAAAUCUUCUUCUUACGGUUCAGAUUCCCAAACUUCCUCAAACUUGAGCAAAUUUUUGACGAAAUCCCAGUCAUAUGGCCAUAGUCCCCAUGUGCUAUCAAACGUCCACUGUCCUCAUUUACUCAAAUGCUGUAUAAAAAACUAUGCUCACUCCUCUUUGAACAGCCUUCCCCAAGUCGACUUUGUCAAAAAUAAUUCUAGUAAUCACUGUAUUCCCUCCUUCAAUAAUUCGAACAGUUAUCCUCAAAAACAUAUUGACUCCGCUACAACUGUACCCGUAAAUCGUACCAUCACAGUGGUAAAUGCCUCCCAAUUUGAUAUACACACAUUUCAUUUUGUCUCUGAUUUCAAACUCAUAACGAAAUUAACAAUUUUGUUUACAUUGCCGUUGCAGACUCAUGGUGGAGGUACAAUGUCUAGUGGGAGCGGAAGUGGCGUGCCGUUUCUUGUCCAGGCGACCGUGGCUCGACAAAUAUCCCUUCAAGAGUGUAUUGGAAAGGGACGGUAUGGCGAGGUGUGGCGAGGUGUCUACAGGGGAGAGAAUGUAGCCGUGAAAAUUUUUUCAAGUCGAGAUGAAGCAAGCUGGGCUCGAGAGACGCACAUCUACAGCAGCGUUCUUCUUAGGCACGAAAAUAUCCUCGGGUACUAUGCCAGUGACAUCACAUCACGAUAUGGAUGUACUCAGUUGUGGAUCAUAUCACACUAUCAUCCUUAUGGUUCAUUGUACGAUUUCUUACAAGUUCAUGUGGUUGACACAAUUGCCGCAAUUCGACUAGCAAAAACAGCAGCUGCUGGUCUCUGUUAUCUUCACUCUUGCAUUCUCGGUUUACAAGGCAAGCCUGCAAUCGCCCAUCGAGACAUCAAAUCCAAGAACAUUCUCGUUCAAGCAAAUGGAACUUGUAGUAUCGGUGAUCUCGGGCUGGCCGUAAUGCAAGCUCCUGGUUCCACAGAAAUGGACAUUGGUCGACCCAAUCAUAAAGUUGGAACCAAACGCUACAUGGCACCCGAAAUUUUAGCUGAUGGAAAUUUUGAGGAAUGCUCAGAGUCUGGUGAAGGAAUCCUACCCAAUGACUUUGAAAUUUCUGCUUAUCUACAGAGUAGAAAUCGUGCCAAUGAUAUCACACAGAAUACAGUAAUGCUGGAAUUUAAUUUUGAAGAACUCAAGGCUGCUGAUGUCUAUGCAUUUGGAUUAGUGCUCUGGGAGAUUUUCCGCCGAUGUCUUACUGACCAGGGCGAGGUCUACCAGGCUAAUGUCCCCUACUGGGAUAAAGUUUCCUCUGAUCCAAGCUUUGCGGAAAUGCGUCAGGUUGUUCAUGUGCAAGGGGAACGCCCACCUAUUUCAGAGAGAUGGAUGAGGUCAAAAAUUCUCUCCCGCUGUGCAAGCUUAAUGCAGGAAUGUUGGCAUGCAAUACCCGAUGUACGGUUACCUAUUCUUCGAAUCAAGAAAACGCUAGACGAUGCAUUUUCAGAAUCAGUUAAGGAAGUCGACAAAAGCCGUGAAAGUGUGGAUGCUGUCAUACUCAAGCCAUCCGGAACUCGAAUCGCCAACGAUAGUGGAAUGAACAGUCGAAGUCAAGGGGGAAAUUUCCAGUUCAGUUCUCUUGAAAUCCCCUACUAUCAAGCAAUCGGUAAUGGCAAUGUACGGAGUCCAAGAGAAGUACUAGCUCUCGGAAGAAUAAUUAGAUGGCCAUCUGAGUCAAAAAAUCCUGAAGAAAAUUCUAGAUCAGAAGGGGUUGAAGUUGAAGUCAAGAAAAUAGACUCUACUGAGCCCCCACCAUCAAUAUCUAUUGAAAAUUAA